AUGGAAAUUGAAGAGAAGGACUCAAACUCUUUUGUUUCUUUUGAAGUUAAGAAGAAGAUAACAAAGGACAAAAGCUAUAAAGCUAGGACUUCCAAAGAUUAAAGCAAGAAAAAUGAAUAAAAUUAAAUAUAGAAAAACACAAAUGUUUAAUAAAAUGAGAAAUAAAAAACAUCUUAAACUUAAAAACCCUGCUCAUUGGUAGGGAUUAGUGCAAUAGAAAAUGAAGAAAAUCAAGAAAAUUAGCCUGUAGAAAAUUUAAAAGCAGUAGAAAUGGAAAUAAUUCCUAUUGUAAGACAUUUAAAAAUGUAGACGGUUUAUAUGCUUGCAGGUGAUGUUAUGGUAGAUUUAGACUUUGGAAUGAAGGAAGAUGAACAUCCUUAUUGUCAGAUAUCAGCAAUUAAUUCUUUUAAGAAUCCUAUUAAAGUUGAAGUUCUAAAAGAAUACAUGUCAAAUGAGGUUGAUUUAACAAAUUCAUAGGAUAGUUUGAAGGAGUUUAGAAAAAUAAUAGAAAUUUUAGAAAAUUAUCCAGAUAAAUAUGCUCAUGAUUUUGGUAAAGUGCUGAGACAAUAUUAGAUAUUUGUCACAGGUUAGAUUAAGAAAGCAGAGUUUUUGAAGAGCAAUUUAGAUUAUAAAUCGCUGAUUCCAACUUUUGAUAAGCAAUUUGAAGAAUUUCUCGUUGAUGCAAGAUAGUAUUUAAAAUAAAUUAUAACCAAAAAUAAAUUUCAAUUUUAUAUGAUUGUGAGAUCUAACGUGCACACUCUAACUCAUGAUAUUGCUAAAUUCGGUCUGAGUGAAGGUCUUUGUUAAUUGUUAGGUGGUAAUGGUGAUCAAAUAGGGUCUCUAAUUUUGAGAAGAGGAUUGUUCGAAUUUUUUUCAAAAGAAACAAGAAAUAACUUUUAUUUUUAUUACUUAAGCAAGUUUCUUAAUGUAAAAGAUGUGCAAAUUGAGAAGUCAAUAAGUCUAGUUACAUUAGAUGGAAUUGAAUUGAAAGUAGAUUACGAGAUGGAUAACUACUUUGGUAAAAAUACUUAGCCUGACGUUUUAUUUUUCUAUCCUUUUAUGCUCAUUACAAUCACAUUUGAUGUGAAGCCUUACAUGGUAAAGUAAGUGCUUAACAUCAGACAAACACUUGAUAAUGAGACCCAGUAAUAUAUGAAAGAUUUUGAAGAAGACAUUUAUUACUCGCUGGAAAGUUAGAUUUUUUUAGAGAAUUAUUAUGCAGAUUACUACGAAAAAAUAAUGUAAAAUAAUGGAAAAUGCCUUCCAAAAGAAAAGCGUAAAUACAAAAAACACCCACAAACAAAGCAUCAGCUAGAUUUCCGCCAGUAAAAUUAAUCCGUCUUUUAGAAUAUAAAACAAAAUAGUAAAUUGAGGGAUUAAAAAUUUCAAACCAUACAAAACGAAAGUAUUAAUGAAGAAGUUAAUGACUAAGUAUAAAACUCAGAUCCCAGUUCAAAUACUCUUAAGGAUCAGCAAGAUAUUUAAGACAUUUAAAUUUAAGAUAACAAUUCUAAUAAUAUGUUAAGUGAAAACAACAAUUCCGUUGUUCAAAACAAUGAUUCUGAAGGUGAAUAAAAUACUUUGUCUGAUAAGCAAGUUUAUUAGCAGAAUUAUAGAUAAAAUCAUAAUAGUAACCACCUAAACUAGUAUCCUUAUGUGAGCUAUAAUUACACCAACUAUGAAAAUUUAGAUGUGCAUAAUUUUAAUUAAAAGCAGUGCGCGAACUUUGAAUAGGCUAUCCCUAAACACUAAUAAAAAAUAUAAUUGUAAGAAAAUAUUUGCAUAUACUAGUCAUCCCAAUACGCUAAUAAUGCAGAGAAGCUGGAUAUUUCAAAGAUACCUCAAAACUUAGAGGAAAUGAAUGAUUAUUAGCAGAUCCAUAAUGACAUUUAAUAUACUUCAAAUUUACUAGACUAAUAGCAUCAUCUAAACGAUCUAAAUGGUAGUGGUGACUUAUUUAAAAGCCAAAAUUAUUUAAACAACGAGUAAAAUUACUCCAUAUUCAACAACAACCACAACAACAAUAUAACUUCUUAUAAUAACUAUAACAUAAUCUAAUGA